GUUCACAGCCUUCCUGAAAAAGCAAAACACUUUCUUCCUUACUUAUUCUUCAUAUACCGCAAACAAAUAAGAAAUUAAAUCAUGCCUUGCUUUAAUCUUUCUACAAACGUGAAUCUUGAUGGAGUAGACACUUCUGAUUUCUUCUCUGAAGCCACUAAAGCUAUUGCAUCUAUCAUUGGAAAACCCGAAAACUUCGUGAUGGUUGUACUGAACGGAUCAGUGGACAUAUCAUUUGGAGGGAACAAAGAGCCAGCUGCAUUUGCUGAGGUUGUAUCGAUGGGUGGCAUCAACUCAGAUGUCAAGAGAAGACUUAUUGCUACUCUCGGCACCAUUUGCCAGAACAGAUUCUCCAUUCCCAGAACUCGUUUCUUUCUCAAGGUCUAUGAUACCACAAUGGCUACCAAAUUCGCCAAACUCUAAGUAAGUAGGCGUUUGGUCUUGGGAUUUGAGAGUCUAGUUUCAAGUUUUGAUUUCAAAUCAACGAUUGUUAAACAUAAAAUUGUGAAAGCAACUAGUGAUUUACAAAAGUUUCCAUAUAAAGGUAAACGUUAUAUGCCAAAA